AUGGCUUCGAAUACUUUUAACAUCCUCCGCCGUUCUCUCGCAUUCAAUUCACACCCACUACGACUGUAUCCAAUAGCUCAGCCUAGAGUUCCAUGUUCUAUAGCCCCGCCUAUCAGGAUCGCCCAGUUAUUCACUAAGUCAUCAUUGCGCACAUCUGGCCCGACAAACCAUACAUCCAUAUUGGCGUUCGCACGCGGGUUAAGAAGCGCGUUUGAGAGAACUCCUAUCCGACGCGUUGUCCGCCCGCCUCGAUCUCCGUUUGGUGGAGGAGAUGGCAACGGUUUUCUCGGCCAGUUGAAGAGACGCAUUGACCGCAUGAAUCCCGAUCAUAUUUUCUAUGCUAUACUUGGUGUAAAUGGAUUGGUAUUCCUAAUGUGGGGAUGGGCACAGGAAAAUUUACAAAAGUUCCGUGAUCCCGAACCUCUUCGGUUUAUGUUCAAGCAUUUCACUACUUCCUGGAAUAAUGUCCUUGAAGGCAGAAUUUGGACGCUUUUGACAGCCUGUUUCUCUCACGAAAUGACUGGGCAUUUGUUGGUCAACGGAAUGUCAUUCUGGUUCAUGGCGCCACCGGUUAUGCAGAUUCUAGGCAAUUCUGCUUUCCUUGCGUUAUACCUUGGGGGUGGAAUAGCCUCCAGCGCAUUUUCGUUGGUAUGGAAUGCAGUUGUCCAACAUAGAGGAGGAAAUGCGCAUGGCGCAUCUGGCGCUAUUUAUAGCGUCAUAUCACUCUUUGCUUGCUUAUUCCCAAGUACAACAUUCCUUCUCUUCUUUAUCGUACCAGUCCCAGCAUGGUUAUGUGUUAGUGGUAUAUUUGCUUGGGAUCUUUACGGAUCCUUCCGCCGUCGAGGAGGAAUGACCGAUAGUGCAGGACAUGUUGGAGGAGUACUAGCGGGGGUCGCUUACUUCCUGAGGAUGCGCGGGAAACUAGGUUUGAGGAGAUAA